UGUACGAAGCGGAUCCCUCCGUGAGGCGCCCAAGGCCGCCGGAUCCUUCCCCCGCACGUUCUCCCCGAAAGCCUUUGCUUUGCUUGGGAAUGCCCGGUGACAGGCAGGACUGAGGUAGCUCUCUGGGAAACGUUUUGCAGAACAGAUACAGUGAGUGGGCUGUCAAGUAUAAAGAAGAAAACACUUUUAAGCAGUCAUUUCACAGUAUUUUAACUCUCCUGAGAACCUCAACCCUUUUUUGAGAUAUGCGAGGAGAAUCUAAGUGAGUGAGCUUACACUGAAGCAUAAGUUUGAAGUUGUAUUUUGUGCACCUGGUUCUCCCACUGCAGUCCACAAGGUAAUGGAAAAAUUGAGUACAGCAGCAGACUUUCUCAGUCUUGAGGAAAUUUGUUCCAUCUACAUCAUGAAACGGCCUUUACUUUUGUAUAUAUUUUUAUUCUACUGGAAUUUCCUCAGUGCUUUAUUCACUGUUGAAGCUCCUCAGUCACUCUACAUUGUGGAACAGGGGAACAAUGUGACCAUGGAAUGCACAUUUCCAGUGAAUGGGAAAUUAAAGUUUGGAGAUUUAAAUGUCAGCUGGGAAAAGAAAGAUGAGUUAAAGAAGCUGGUUUAUGUACUUGUCAGAGGAAAGGAAGACUUGAAAGGUCAGCACAGUGACUUUAAGGGAAGAAUAAAAUUGCUGAAAGAGAAUCUGAACUUGGGACAGUCUCUCCUUCAGAUCACUGAUGUGAAGCUCAGAGAUGCAGGGACUUAUCACUGUAUUAUUGGCUAUAGGGGAGCUGACUACAAGACAAUCCACCUGAAAGUUAAGGCUCCUUACAGAACUAUAACCCAAAGAGUGGUGAGCACAGGACACAAUGAAUGGAAGUUGACAUGCCAGUCUGAAGGAUACCCAGAAGCUGAAGUGAUAUGGCAAAAUGGAGACUAUGAAGAUUUGACUGAUAAGGCAAACACAAGUUAUCAAACUGGAAGGGACCAGUUGUAUCAUGUGACAAGUACCCUUACAAUCAAAAGUGGAAUUGAUGAUAUAUUUUACUGUAUAUUCUGGAAUAAAGAGCUGCAAGAAAAUACAUCUGCCAUUUUACACAUAGCAGACACACCUGAUGGCAUUCUGUGGACUGAGAGCAGACGGUUUGUUGGAGCAACUCUCAUUACUACUACUUUUGUUGGAUCAGGGCUUCUAUUUAUGUUCUGCAUAAGAAAAGCUAGAGCAAAUAAGGACAACAGAAUACCUGUGCUGAGUUCAUCAAUAACAAAUCUGUCAAAAGAUAAGGAUACACAUGACUGCAGAGAUGCUUCUUUUGAAGACAGAGAGCUGCAAUAUAUGCAAAUCGAGAAGACCUAGACAGAGAAAGCAGGGGAAGAUUUUUUUCCUGUGUGGUGAAGACUUGACAGCUCAGAUAUUCUAUGUUCUAUCUAUUGAAGGGGAUAUUAAUUUUUUGUUUUUAUUGUGUGAUGGCAAUCUUCUAAUUGUUGUAACUUGGGAAAAAUGCAAUGAAGUUAAAAUACUUAUAACAUAAAAAGUCCUUGCAUUCAGCUGUCUGUAUAUGGAACUAGAUAUUGAGGUAUUUAUUUAAAUAUCCAAGUUUCUACCUUACAAGUUUCAUUGAAAAUGUCUUUAAGGUAAAG